ACAAAUUCAGGCUGCUCACCUACCACGGCAUGAUUCUCAAUCUAAUGUCCUUGUGCACUUUGGAUACAUCACCUCCAGAGCUUUAUUUACUCCAUCCACCCACACUCUUGUGAACUAUUUCUCUUUUGGUGGUCUUUUUGGCUUUUCCACAGAAAAUAUGGGGGAGAAACACACAAAAAGUAAUGAAUACCCUCAGUCAUCGCCAACUGACAAUGUUCUUAUUGAGAGGUUCGGGCUGCCAAUGCCUAUUGAUGGCUUGAACGUGCCAUCUGUUUCCCUCCAACCUAGGCCUUUCUGUCCUAGUCGGCCCCAGGCUACAUCCAGCUUCCUCGACGUCUUCCCCUUUGAGCUUGUGGACAUGGUCCUCUUCAACCUAGACUGCAAGUCUAUGACUAGACUCUCUGCCACAAAUUCAAAGUUUGAAGCAUACGUUAAGGCCCUCACAUUCUACAAGCGCAUUGCAGAAGAGUGCCAAACCACGCUCUACGAGUUAAAGCACUGCGGCCUCUAUGGCACUCUCCCCGUUAAAAGGAUAUUCGACCUUUUGCGAAACCCAUACUGCUUCACCUGCGGCGACUUAAGCUCUUCAGUCUUGAUCCCAGACAUCCAACGUUGCUGCAGAAGCUGCAUGGGGCGAAAGGCGGAUAUCACAUCUAUCAGAACCGAAACUGAAGUCGACGGGAUUGAUCUUGCGUAUCAGCAGCUUAUGGACGGCGCUCCCCCCUUUUUACAAUCAAAGUGGACAUGUGCCUGCCUCUCUAUCAUUCUGAACUUCUCACACAAACACAGUUCCAGCCCUUUAUCGCCAAAUUACGACUGGAUGUGGCUGGCUUCUGUGCAGCUUCCCUUCCUGGAUCCCGAGUCUGGAAAACUCGAAUUGGGCAGACGCUGUAUGGCUUGUGGAUGGGCCGUUCGGCGUUUUGAUGAUGAAGGAAAACCCAUUCCCUAUUCUCAAGCUAGUGAACUGGGGCUCAUAAAGGACGAGGAAAGGCGUGCAAUGUUCCGCGUCUAUUCGGUUGAAGGCCUCUUGAGGCAUAUUAGAAGCGGAGAAUGUCCUCAUGCUCCGCAAUACGAGAAAACCAUAGCGAUAAAGUCUAUACCCUAUUACGCUCUGAUGCAAUGGUUGAAUUGGAUAAUCGACGUUGAACACCCCAGCGAGUCGCACUCCAACUAG